GGGCCGUAAAGCGCGGAAGGUCGCGGUCUCGGCUUCCCCGGAACUUUUUGCUCUCUUCGCCCCGCCCCCUUUCCAUCCCCGAACCCCGCUUUCCGGCCCGCGGCGACCCCCGGCAGCCGUUGUGACAGCCGCAUUGCUCCCUCCGGGUUGUAGGUGAGCGCGGAGCCCGUGGGGGCCCGUGAGUUUAAAUUCCUGAGAUCUAGUUGGUGAGAGACGUGAUGUUCUACCGGUUGCUGUCAAUUGUUGGAAGACAAAGAGCCAGCCCAGGAUGGCAGAACUGGUCCUCUGCAAGAAACAGCGCGUCAGCUGCAGAGGCACGUUCCAUGGCCCUGCCCACCCAGGCACAGGUGGUCAUCUGUGGAGGUGGAAUCAUGGGCACAUCUGUGGCCUAUCACCUCUCCAAAAUGGGGUGGAAGGAUAUUGUCCUUUUGGAGCAGGGCAGGCUGGCUGCUGGCUCUACAAGGUUCUGUGCUGGCAUCCUGAGCACUGCCAGGCACUUGACCAUUGAGCAGAAGAUGGCAGACUACUCAAACAAACUCUACCAUCAGUUAGAGCAAGAAACAGGGAUCCAAACAGGUUACACAAGGACAGGCUCAAUCUUUCUGGCCCAAACUCAGGACCGACUGAUCUCCCUGAAGCGCAUCAACUCAAGGCUGAAGUACGUAAGAGUCUAGAAGCGUGGCCUGACUUGACCACACUGGCCUCUGCCAAAGAGCCUGUGAAUGUCAUUGUCCCUUGUGUUCUGUGGCAGUGUCAUAGGUAUCCCUUCUGAGAUCAUCUCCCCCAAGAAAGUGGCCGAACUUCACCAUCUCCUCAACGUGCACGACCUGGUGGGGGCCAUGCAUGUUCCCGAGGAUGCAGUGGUGUCCUCUGCUGACGUGGCUCUUGCCCUGGCAAGUGCAGCCUCCCAAAAUGGUGUUCAGAUCUAUGACCGGACAUCUGUUCUUCAUGUAAUGGUCAAAAAAGGUCAAGUUACUGGAGUGGAGACAGAUAAAGGACAGAUUGAAUGCCAGUAUUUUGUCAACUGUGCCGGCCAGCUAUUGUGGAUGCUGAUGGAAGAAUUUAUAUUCGGAACUGGCAGGGUGGCAUCUUGUCUGGGGGCUUUGAGAAGAACCCGAAACCAAUUUUCACUGAGGGCAAGAACCAGCUGGAGAUUCAGAAUCUACAGGAAGACUGGGAUCACUUUGAGCCUCUGUUGAGUUCCCUUCUGAGGAGGAUGCCAGAAUUAGAGACUCUGGAGAUCAUGAAGUUGGUGAAUUGCCCAGAGACCUUCACACCAGACAUGAGAUGCAUCAUGGGCGAGUCUCCUGCAGUGCAGGGCUACUUUGUCCUGGCAGGAAUGAACUCUGCUGGCCUUUCAUUUGGUGGAGGAGCCGGAAAGUACCUUGCUGAAUGGAUGGUACAUGGUUAUCCCUCAGAAAACGUUUGGGAAUUGGACCUGAAACGUUUUGGAGCCCUCCAGAGCAGCCGUACCUUUCUGCGCCACCGGGUCAUGGAAGUCAUGCCUUUGAUGUAUGAUCUGAAGGUUCCCCGCUGGGACUUCCAGACCGGUAGGCAGUUACGCACCUCUCCUCUCUAUGACCGGCUGGAUGCACAGGGAGCCAGGUGGAUGGAGAAACACGGAUUUGAGAGGCCAAAGUACUUUGUUCCCCCUGACAAGGACCUCCUGGCAUUGGAGCAGAGCAAGACUUUCUAUAAGCCAGAUUGGUUUGACAUCGUGGAGUCUGAAGUCAAGUGCUGUAAGGAAGCUGUGUGUGUCAUUGACAUGUCCUCUUUCACAAAGUUUGAGAUAACAUCCACUGGGGAUCAGGCAUUAGAAGUUCUACAGUACCUCUUUUCCAAUGACCUGGAUGUGCCUGUGGGCCACAUUGUGCAUACCGGCAUGCUCAACGAGGGUGGAGGGUAUGAAAAUGACUGCAGCAUAGCACGACUGAACAAGCGCAGUUUCUUCAUGAUCUCUCCAACCGACCAGCAGGUCCACUGUUGGGCUUGGCUUAAGAAACACAUGCCGAAAGACAGCAACCUGCUCCUGGAGGACGUCACCUGGAAGUACACAGCCCUCAAUCUGAUUGGCCCUCGAGCUGUGGAUGUGCUGUCCGAGUUGUCCUAUGCCCCUAUGACUCCAGACCACUUCCCAAGCCUCUUUUGCAAGGAGAUGAGCGUGGGCUAUGCAAAUGGGAUCCGGGUGAUGAGCAUGACGCACACAGGAGAGCCAGGAUUCAUGCUGUACAUCCCCAUAGAGUACGCCCUGCAUGUGUACAAUGAAGUGAUGAGUGUUGGCCAGAAAUACGGAAUCCGGAAUGCUGGGUAUUAUGCUCUUCGCAGUCUCCGAAUUGAGAAGUUUUUUGCCUUCUGGGGUCAGGAUAUAAAUAACCUCACCACACCCCUGGAAUGUGGACGAGAGUCUCGGGUGAAAUUAGAAAAGGGCAUGGAUUUCAUUGGUCGUGAUGCCCUCCUGCUGCAGAAGCAGAAUGGAGUGUAUAAACGCCUCACCAUGUUCAUCCUGGACGACCAUGACACAGACCUAGACCUUUGGCCUUGGUGGGGAGAGCCCAUUUACCGGAAUGGGCAGUACGUUGGCAAGACCACCAGCAGUGCCUACAGCUACAGCCUAGAGCGCCACGUUUGCCUGGGCUUUGUUCACAACUUUUCCGAGGACACGGGGGAAGAGCAGGUGGUGACAGCGGAUUUCAUCAACCGGGGAGAGUAUGAGAUUGACAUCGCGGGAUACCGCUUCCAGGCCAAGGCCAAGCUCUACCCCGUCGCCUCCCUCUUCACCCAGAAGCGCCGAAAGGAUGACAUGGAGCUGAGUGACUUACAUGGGAAGUGAUGCCAGGGCAACCUCACCUUCUCCCCAUCAUCUUGUCCUGGAGCGGGCGUCUCCUUGGAGCUUUUCUUCCUUCUGCCUCCGUUCCUCUUAUGGAGCUUUUGCCUCCCAUCUCUCAUCUCCUUGAUAUAAUUUUGAACUUGACCUACUUUAAAAAUUUUUGCUCUGCAGCCUUCCUUGUCCUUCCACCUCCUCCUCCUAAUAGUCACUCUGGACUCUUUUUCCCUUCCCACCCCCACUCAGCUUUCAUGGUGGCAGGAGGUGUGUCUGACAGGCAGGACAGAAACAAGCUCCACUGUGGACAUGAGUGACGGUGACAGCUGCUUUCAAAUUCUGCAUCUCAAAGCAGAGCAAGCUGGGGUGGUGCAGGCCUCGGGGCACGAGUCCCUCUCCCUUGGGUUGCAUUUUCUUGGAGCAGCCUAUUUAUUCUGCUGGGGUUGCCGUGUGUCGGAUGCAGCCCUGAGGGGCAGCUCGUUCUCCUGUUCCGCUGUGCUGUGGGCUGGCACUCGAUACCUCUGGCAAGAGGAUGAUCAUCUACCUCACUGAUGAGAGGCAUCGCACAGACGUUCUCUGGUCUGUAGUGGAGAUAAGCAGUUAACCGGGCACCACCCUCAUCCUCCCUGCAGAAGCUGUUAGCAGACCUUUGGGCCAGGGCAGCCUCCCUAUAAUUUUCUUCAUCUCUUGCUGAUCUCUAUAAUAAGGUUGCUUUUUCUUUCUUAGUUGAGUAAGCAAGUAAGCCACAGUGGUUGAAAGGGAAAAACCAUGUUGCCUUGUGCGUUGCUUUUCCUAGUCAAAAGGGUCUGACCUGAGAAUGUCCCCGCCGCAGUGACGCUGAGUGGUCUGCUGUGGAAACGCUGCUGCUUUUCUCUCAGCUGUCCAAAGUUCAGCCGUCCCUCCCUCGUCUUCUCCCAGUGUGCCUGACUUUGUCAGGCCAGCCUCACCUGUCCCCUUCACAGUUGGCCCAUCAAGUCAUGUUUCUCUCCUUUUAGAACAGGGAGGGAAACGGAUCAGGUGUGUUGUCCUGGGCCCUUCAACCUUGUGGGCCGUGCUGAGUUCCAGAGAGCUGCCAGAACUCUGGGUUUGACUCUCCAGCACAGAGCAGAGCUCCGCAGAGGUGACCCACAUUAGUCCACUGAGAGUUCUGAGUCCAAGGUGUACGUUGCAUAAGGCUAGAGACUGCUUUUCCUCCUUUCACCCCAGGCUCUUUGUUUCCCUCCACCCACCCUUCCAUAUCCUCUGGAAGACGACGUGCGUGCCCAGGAGUGCCCUGCACUUCCAGGCAGUGUCUCUGUUUUCCCAAGGUGAAACUUAGAUAUCAGCAGUCCAGUCUCAACACUUCAUUUUCCCCUUGCAUAUCAACUGCCCUAAUCUGACUUUUUUUAAGUGCGAACAAACUGCUAUAAAACAUUUUGGUUAGCUAAACUCUAACCUUUGGUGUACUGGUAUCUUGGAAGCAUUAGCUCUGUUAGGUCUAUAAGUGUAUUAAGGGAGAUCCUUCCAUUUCAUUAGAGCAGCUUAAAAUGCUCAGGUGUCUGCCUUCUCUGGUGUUUCUUUGGGAUCUCUGUUUACCCACUUAGGCUGGCUCCUUCUAGACAUUUCUUGCCAUUUCCCCAACUAGACCACUCCUAGUGAUUACUGACUUUAGUGUCCACCUUUUUGGACAGUUCUAGUUGGCUUAUUAAAGGAGCAUAUGAUGAGAAUUCUGUUUGGGGGUCUAGUUGUCUUAGAGCAAGUGUGUACUUAACUAGCCGAGAGAUGCUGCCUCUAGGCAGAGAGGAGGAGAGGAGGAAAGGUGUUGCCGGCUGGAGGGUCAACCAGUGAACAGCAGCUGUGAGUGCCUUGGGAGAGGAGGAACAGGCCCUUGGGCAGAUGCAGGCAUUACCAGCAGGGAGCAGACUUACCUCCGAAGAUGGAGACGGUUGACUGGGAGCUGCAGGCCUCCCCUGCUCUUCCAGACACAUAGCAUUUGCACCCUUCCAAAGCCGUCUUUGUAAAGGAAAAUGUAUUUGUAAUUGAAUCCAGAAUUUAGUUACACAUAGACAUAACUCUUCAACCUUAACUUUGGCAAUACAUUUGUGCUUUAACUGUUACAUAGCAGUAUCACCACUUACCAGGAUCCAAAUCGAAAGAAUAAAAGCUGUCUCCGUAGUUUAAAAUUGAAUAGUGCGGCUGGGCGCAGUGGCUCAAGCCUGUAAUCCCAGCACUUUGGGAGGCCGAGACGGACGGAUCACGAGGUCAGGAGAUCGAGACCAUCCUGGCUAACCCGGUGAAACCCCGUCUCUAGUAAAAAAUACAAAAAAAUAGCCAGGCGAGGUGGCGGGUGCCUGUAGUCUAAGCUACUCGGGAGGCUGAGGCAGGAGAAUGGUGUAAACCCGGGAGGCGGAGCUUGCAGUGAGCCGAGAUCCGGCCACUGCACUCCAGUCUCGGCGACAGAGCAAGACUCCGUCUCAAAAAAAAAAUAAAUAAAUAAAUAAAUAAAAUAAAAUAAAAUAAAAUUGAAUAGUGCCAUCAUCACAGUGUAUUAGUCAAAUAGAAGCUUCAUCAGAAGUGUAUCCCACAUAGAGUUUUAAGACUUGGAUUCUCGGCCGGGCACGGUGGCUCACGCUUGUAAUCCCAGCGCUUUGGGAGGCCGAGGCGGGCGGAUCACGAGGUCAGGAGAUCAAGACCACAGUGAAACCCCGUCUCUUACUAAGAAUACAAAAAAUAAGCCGGGCGCCGUGGCGGGCGCCUGUAGUCCCCGCUACUCAGGAGGCUGAGGCAGGAGAAUGGUGUGAACCCGGGAGGCGGAGCUUGCAGUAAGCCGAGGUUGAGAUCGCGCCACUGCACUCCAGCCUGGGCUACUGAGCAAGACUCUGUCUCAAAAAAAAAAAAAAAAAAAAAACUUGGAUUCUCUUCUGCCCUUAUUAAUCUCCAACUAAUUACUAGAGAUUGACACGUUUUUAAUUAGCUGUCCUUUCUAAGAAGUCAGGAAAUCUGAUGCUGUGUCCAAAAUUAUGUACUGUUUGUUGAACUAGAACCCUGGCCUCCUGUUAAAUGACGUCUGUUACCCGCUCUGAGCAACAGAGUGCUUGUCUUGCUAGGAGAGGAGGAUGGAGGGGUGAGCACUCAGGCUGUCAGUUGAAACACCUUGUCCGUGAAUAGGGUCAUACUCCUAAGACUGACAGGGUGCUGAUCUUCUAGGACAUCACUUGUUUAUUGAGUGCCCCAAACAUACAGCUUUGUAGCACUUCAGAGUUCAUCCUUGAAGUCUCUCCUGGUUCAUUCAAAUAUAGGCUGUGUGAGUCUGGUGGUUUUCUGUAAUUGGUCUAAUGUGAGCUCUUUGAACAGACAGAUCUGACAGUGAAUGACUCCCCUGCUUCUGGCAUAAUUGCUUUGCCUCUGUCUAGUGUCCAAGCCUCUUAGCUGGUCAAGAGGAGAGGGCAGCAUAACUUCCUGACCAUCAGUGUCAGACAUCGGAGCAUUCUGGACUCCUGAGAGGCAGUGGCCUCUUAAGUGAACAGGGGGGGGCCAGUAGAUGCCCCAGAUGCAGAGCCAUGGCUGCAAAUCCAGCAGGAAUAAGGAGGGACAACCACAGCGUCCUCAUCUGUGUGUCAUUUCCAAGGGUUUGCCUUGUGUCUCAGCUCAUUCUGGGGAGCCUGUUUGUCUUCUCUCCCUAGAGAUUUGAAGGAUUCUGGACUCUUGUACUUGGCUGUACUUGUACGUGACUGUACUUGGCUUUAUGGAGUUGGGUGCUUUUUUCUCUCUGCAAUUACCUGUCAUAGCAUUUUGUGCUCACCAUGGAGGACGGUCUCUGCCUUCUCUUGUCGGUGUAUGCCAUCUGAACCUAGGAACACAACGUGUAUUGGCAUAAACAGAUGGAGACCCAGGGUUGAGGGUUGCCAGUUUUCUGUGGGCCUUCCCCUCCCUUGAAAUGCCCUUAGUUACCUCCCCUUCAUUGUCAGACCACGUGUGACUUCUUUUCCUAGCACUGCCAGGGUCAUUGACUUCCAUCUAAGCUUGCAUCAGGAAGAUGUUCCUUCUGUGAUCGUUGGUACUGAAGCCAGAAAAUCUCUCAUUCAGGAACUCUGAGGAGCAAAAAGGGACAAACACUAACUGCUGAGCUGGGCCAUUUGAUCUCCUUUCACCUUGCAUUGCUGUCACAGCACCUCAAAUGAGGGCAGGACAGGCUCCAGCAGAGAGAACUGCACAAUGACCACUGUAUUUUUCAUGCUCUUCCAGGGAUCCCUGUCCCCCCACAUUCAAGAGAUCUCAUUCAGGCCAGAGACACAGAGACCACAUUGCCCGGUGAUUAAACCCCGGUUUCACUCUGGCCCCAGGAGUAGAGCCUGGCCACUCCUGUUUGGUUCUCACUGGGAGGCACACUGGCCCUGGAUCGUCUCCUCAUGCACAGCCGGAGUUUUACCUGUUUGCUUGCUUUCCUGGACUGCUGUUUCCAAGAAAGUAACUAAAGUGUAUGAAAAGUAAACCUCCAGCUUCCACAGUAUAUUACCUGCCUUUGCAUGUAUUUGAAAUUUAGCCUCCUCCCUCGCCACCGUCUUGGUGGCAGUAGCGGUGCAAGAAUGAUGGGAGCUUUCCAAGAGCGUUGAGUGCUUCGCUGAAGACAGGAAGCACUCAACCUGUAGCCUUCAUUUCUGGCUCUGCUUCUCCUCUGGUGUAGGGACACAUUUCCUGGCAUUUGGCUGAGUCUACACCACUUUUUGAGAACCUGAAAUAGAAGGGAAUCUUCUGUGACCCGCAGUCUCCAUAUUGGCCCUAGAAUACUGGCCUGGUGGAGGAAUUUGCAUUGGCUUGCUUUCAGGGGUUAGCUACAAGGGUCAGUUUUAUGUCUCUCUUGCUUCGCCAGUGUGGUCAAUCAGGGUCGUCUUUAACAUCUAAGAUAGGGGUUUGGUUGGCCGGGUGUGUUUGCUUACUCCUGUAAUCCCAGCACUUUGGGAGGCCCAGCAAGGUGGGAGAAUCGCUUGAACCCAGGAGGCAGAGAUUGCAGUGAGCCAAGAUUGCACCACUGCACUCCAGCCUGGGUAACAGAGUGAGACUCUGUCUCAAAAAAAAAAAAAAAAAUCUAAGAUAGAGGUUUGGUCAACAGUGGUUAAUAGUAAAUAAGAACCUCCUGCCACUCUAAUUUUCCUGCUGCACCCCAUCCCCCAAACACCCAUCAUAAACAUUGAUAUAAGCAGUAUUAGCACAGUAUAAAGAAUGUUCACCUUGCACAUGUCAUUUCAGGCACAUGGAUUCAGGAGAAGCACAGUUGAGUGGAAGAAAUGGUAGAUGUGUGAGGCUUGCCCCAGGCCCUGUGUACACACAGUAAGUGGUGCCCAUGGGUCUCCAUCAGCACCUCCUCCCCGCCACCAUUUCGGGCCAACACUUCAAGGUGCUGAGUUGUAAGGCUCCCCCAUUGUCAAUACCGGGCUCGUCUUUGCAGCCCUGAUCACUACCAGUACACUCUUUUUCAAGAUAACUGAGUAUUUUUGUAUGCCUUUGCCUCCUCUUUGUCCAUAAAACAUAAAGAGUUGUUUGUGAUUCUUGACUUCUCCGAGCAGAGUGUCUGCAUCUCUUGGAGAGUUACACAUUUCUUCAUGGGCCAUUUUUCUCAUUCUUAGAUGCACCUGUUUUUAUCCUUUCAAACCAUCUUCUGCCUUCUUGUUUUCCUGUCAAAGACAGAAAUUACAGGAGAUAGGGAGGAUUUUUUAGCAUCUCUUUCAAAAGAUCUAUGUCAGAAUUUCCUUUGCACACCAAGAACUGGAGCUUAGAGCCCUGCUAUUCUCUAAGCCAGGUUCUAGUGCCUUACACUCCGGAAUGUCAGAUGGUGGGUGCAGAUUGGAAGAAAGAGAAAAGUUCAUCUCAGCGUGUGGGUUCCCAUCCACCCCACAUAGCCUCUCCUUCCUCAGAACAAUGGGCGUGGGCUAGAAAGCUCUUUCUGUGAAGGGUUUUCUAGCAGCUCAGUUAACACUUUACUCUCUGGUCAACACUUGGGAUGUAUAAAAAUGCCAUUGUAAUUACUGUAGAGUCCUGUGACUCAUCGUUUGUGUUUGUCAAUGUGCAGUUCAGCUUAGCUCUUCUCUGUUCCUGUGUAGUUACAAUGUGGCCCUGAAGACAUCCGAGGCACUUCAGUAAGUGGGAUCUUUUCUAGAGAUCCUUGGUGACUUUGGGUGCACAGGGUGACCGAGCAUUUCUGCCCCUGUGAAUGUGGCACUAACACUGUGCACUGUCUCCACCAAGCAAGGUUUCCACUGAGUUUCUUCUGACGUUACUAGGUUUGUAAAUGAAUAAACAGACAUUUUAACUACUCUU